CAAUUCUCCAGCAGAUCCAAGACUGAAUCCUGGCAUGCCACUGUCUUCAUCAGGCACUAACUCUUACCAGCAGGGCUGCAUCCGGGUAACCCUUGAGGACUCAGAGCUAUGGAAGUCUUUUCACACCAUUGGAACAGAGAUGAUAAUAACCAAACAUGGAAGGAGAAUGUUUCCACAGUGCAGCAUAAGCCUAUCUGGGCUUCAGCCUUUAGCAAAUUAUGUCGUCAUGGUGGAUAUCGUCCCUGCAGACAAUGUCAAAUACAAGUGGAAGAAGGAGCAGUGGGAGGUCGCAGGGAAGUCUGAGCCCCAGCCCCCAUGUCGGACAUACAUUCACCCGGACUCCCCCGCUGUAGGAAGUCACUGGAUGAAGCAGUCGUUGUCCUUCCUCAAGAUGAAGCUCACCAACAACACCUUGGAUCAGCAUGGCCAUAUUAUCCUUCACUCCAUGCAUCGUUACUACCCACGGUUUCAUGUGAUACAGGCGGACAGUCCACACACUGUGUGUUGGGGAUCGUUUCAGACCUUCUCGUUCCCAGAGACGGUUUUCACUGCUGUUACCGCUUACCAAAAUCCAAAGAUUACCAGGCUGAAGAUUGACCACAAUCCAUUUGCAAAAGGAUUUAGGGAAGGAGGCACUCAUUCUCACAGUAAAAGAUGCCGUUCAAAUAAAGGUUCUCCUGCAAAAAAGUACACAGAAGACAGGAAAGGUCCUUCUCACAGUGCAGCAGGCCUGCAGAGGAUGCCCUCUACCUCUCAGUCAACAGAGGUCAGAAAGAAGCCAGCCUCUACACAGCAGUCACUGAAGGCGGGUCACCUUUCCCCCUGGGCUCCAGAGCAGGACUCAUCAGAGAGUAUCCACACUGAGCGCCUGGAGCAGCAGGAGUACAACUACGGCUGUGAAGAACAGCUGGUUCCUGCAUCCACCGCCUACCAACCUUACAGAUCAGUGGAGUACCCCAGAUUCCCGUUACCUCCCAGGAACCGAGAUCCAAUAGAGACACUGCUCCACGCUCCACCUCACCUGCUCUCCACGUCGGAGAGUGGCACCCAGCAACAGGAAUACCGCUACAGCAACCAACAGGGCCCCCACAGCAACCCAGCAGACUGGAGCCAGUACCCGCUGUUCUCCUAUUCCUGCUGGUGAACUUGGACACCGUUCAGUUAUGGCCUUGCCAGAAGAGGGCCUUUAACUACAUUUGGAUACAAUUGAAUAAAUUUGACAAACUUUGAAAAGAAUUGGCCUUGUUUUUGUCUUUUGCAGUUAGGAAUGCUGACGACAUUCUCUCACUUUUCUUCCAUAUUGCAAAAUACUGCUUGCAAAAAGUGUUGGCUUUUUAACAGUUUGUGAGGCUGCAUUCCUGCUCAGCUUGAGUCACACAUUGAUGACAUUUUUAUUUAGUAGGUGACUUUUGAAAGUAAUUGGCAUCACUGAAACUGAACACAAAUGUUUCAGGUUCAGAUUUUUAUUUGCAAAAUAAUUUGGAAAUUUUUAAUACAUCUCUGGUCACUUCAAGUGGUUAAUCUACCGCAUAUAUUUUACUAAAGUUUGAGGUUGUAAUGAGACAAAAUGUGAAAAAACCUGCUUUAAAUGCAAGGCACUGUUUGGCUUUACAUUAUUCCUUUUAUUUUGGAUUAUCAACAUGAGGGGUGUUUAAUGGAAUGUGCUUUGGGUUAAAUCUGUUUCUUGACCAAUGGGAUUCAGAAUUUAUUCAGCCUGCUGUGCUGCCACUCUGGUCUAAAGUCGAAAGCUAGGUAAGCAAAAGAAAUGUGCUGAUUUGUAUCCCUCCUGCAUGAUGGGUGACUGUACAACUGCUUCAAAACAAUAAAACCAUCAAAUGU